GUUGUGUGUGUGUGUCGAGGCGCUUCCCUUGGCAGGUAUUCCAAGAAGUCUUUUAUACAGAUGUCUGUAGAGAUAAUAUGGAUCCAUCUGGAGGAGUUCUCCUUUGGGUGAAAGCAGAACCCUUUAUUGUGGGUGCCUUGCAGAUCCCCCCUCCAUCCAAGUUCAGUCUUCACUAUAUCAGGAAGAUCUCUACUUAUGUGCGAACCCGGGCCUCAGAGGGUGCAUACCCGCGCCUGUACUGGUCUACCUGGAGGCACAUUGCAUGUGGGAAGCUGCAGUUGGCUAAGGAUCUGGCAUGGCUUUACUUUGAAAUAUUUGAUAGUCUUGCAGUGAAGACACCGCAGGAGCGCCUGGAAUGGUCUGAGAUUGUGUCCAAUUGCUUGUCUGAGGAGGAAAUUGAAAAGCAGCGAAAUCAGCUUUCUGUGGAUACCCUGAAGUUUUUGCUUUUCUUAUACAUCCAGCAGUUAAACAAGGUCUCUCUGAGGACCUCUUUGAUAGAAGAGUGGCCUAGUCCUAGAAACAGAUCUCAGUCUCCUGACCUCGCUGAAAAGUCCAGUUGUCAUAAGAACUGGAAUGAUUACAGUCACCAAGCUUUUGUCUCUGAUCAUCUGUCAGAUCUUCUUGAGCUGCUUAUAGAUCCAGAACAACUCACUGCAUCAUUUCAUUCAACCCCUAACAGUCUGGUCUCUCAAGAGGCUAUUGUGGCACUUAGCUUUCUUAUUGAAGGUACUGUGCAGAAAAGCAGGAAGAUCUACCCACUUCAUAAACUUGCACUGUGGGAACCACUGCAUGCAGAGAGUGGUUUCUCAAAGUUCUCUAAGACCUUUUCUUACUACAAGCUGGAAGCCUGGCUGAGAGCCUGUUUGACUGAUAAUCCAUUUGGUACAUCUGCUUGCCUCAAGUCUGGAAAGAAAUUGGCUUGGGCUCACCAAGUUGAAGGGGCGACCAACAGAGCUAAGAUUGCUUGUAAUACUCAUGCCGCCCCUCGGAUGCACCGCAUGGUGGUGAUGAGUCAAGUUUACAAGCAGACAUUAGCCAAGAGUUCAGAUACUCUGAUGGGUGCACACGUGAAGAUUCACCGCUGCAAUGAAUCUUUUAUCUAUCUGCUCUCUCCCUUACGCUCUGUGACAAUUGAGAAGUGCAGAAAUAGCACCUUUGUCCUGGGCCCUGUACAGACAGCACUUCACCUCCACAGCUGUGACAAUGUCAAAGUCAUUGCUGUUUGCCAUCGUUUAUCCAUCUCUUCUACAACAAGCUGCAUCUUUCAUCUUCUGACACCUACCCGCCCGCUUAUUCUCUCCGGGAACCAGACAGUAACUUUUGCCCCCUUUCAUACGCAUUACCCAAUGCUGGAGGAUCAUAUGGCCAGCACUGGCUUAGCUACAGUGCCGAACUAUUGGGAUAAUCCAAUGCUUGUAUGCAAAGAGAACAGAGACACAAGUGUCUUCCGCCUUUUACCACCCUGUGAAUUCUGUGUGUUUAUUAUUCCCUUUCAAAUGGAAGGGGACACAACAGAGAUACCUGGGGGUCUUCCAUCUGCAUACCAGAAAGCACUGGGUCAAAGAGAACAGAAGAUACAGAUCUGGCAGAAAACUGUGAAGGAGGCUCGUCUGACAAAGGAGCAGAGGAAGCAGUUUCAAGUACUUGUAGAGAACAAGUUUUAUGAGUGGCUGGUUAAUACAGGACAUUGCCAGCAGCUGGACAGCCUUGUGCACCUUGCAGCAGAUCCAAAACAAGCAGUGGGAUAAGAUGUCUGCAUCAGAACACUGAAUCCUGGAAUUGUAAGGAUGCUUGGCAGAUGGUGUGUAUCGAAACUAAAUGGGGAAGGUGCUUGUGCUGCUUAAAAGACCUUAUUGGAUCUUUAUCCUGUUUAAUACCUUCCCUGAAU